AUGGUUGCAGAAGACUUUAAAGACUUUAAAUUGAAGCCGAUGAAAUGUGAACUUAAUUAUUUAAGUAAAUCUGAUGGUUCGGCAAUAUUAGCGCAAGGUGAAACAGUUGUACUUGCAAGUGUAAAUGGGCCACUUGAUAUAAAAAUUACUAGCCAAAGUAUGGAAAAGGCAACAUUAGAAGUAUUAUUUAGUGCAAAAGGAGGAAAGCCUAAUGUAUCUGAUAGAUUCAAAGAGAGUGUGAUAAGGCAAACUUGUGAAACUGCAAUAUUGGGGUGUUUAUAUCCUCGUACAGGUAUAACAGUAACCAUACAAGAACUAGAGGAUUUUGGAGGGCUACUGACCUGCGCAGUGAACUGUACAUGUCUAGCUUUACUGAACUCUGGCUUGUCAAUGAAACAUGUUGUUGCAGCUGUUGGUUGUGCACUUGAUGAUAGUGGUAACUUAGUGCUGGAGCCUACCUAUGACCAAAUCCAGAGUGCUGCAGCUACUAUGCAUUUUGUAUUUGAUAGUAGAGAGAAGACUCUAGUUACAGGUUUUACAACGGGUACAUUCAGUGAAGGUGCAUACGACGAAGCUCUAGAAAGAUGCCGAGCGGCCAGCGAUCUUGUAUUUGAUUUUUAUAGAGAAGUUGUUGCCACAUACUGUAAAGUUAUAUAG